AUGGCAGACCAGUGCAUCGUUUGUCUAGAGAAUCUAGACAGUACGAUACCCUUGCAGCAAUUGCAAGCAUCACCCACCGCUUCAUCCACCACUACAAACAUCACAACUACGAUAGUUACAACAAAACACCUGAGUGGGACGGAUGAGUCUCGCCUAGAUCCCGAUGACAAUAUCGCUGUCAUCCAAGUUUGUGGUCACAUUCUGCAUGAUAGCUGCUUGAAAGCAUGGACUGGAAAGGCGAAUAGCUGCCCUAUCUGCCGCCAGGCAUUUCACCUUGUUGAGGUCUACGACAAGGUCGGAGGCGCCCUCCUCAACACAUAUACGGUCGAAGAUAAGAAACAAGUUGCCGAGUUCGACCCACUAGCAUGGCUGGACGAGAAUCCCGAGGAAGAGGAGGAGGAAAGCAGGCCGUGUCCGGUCUGCAACACCGCAGACCAUGAAGAUGUUCUGCUUCUGUGCGACGGUUGCAAUACACCGUACCACACACAUUGCAUCGGCUUGGACGAUGUUCCUGACGGUGCAUGGUUCUGCAUGGAGUGUGCAGACCAGAACGAGAUCACAGUCCAGGAGUUCCAGGCCGUGGCUGCCCGCACUGCUGGUCGGGUUCGCCGCCGCCGCAACUUUUUCCCCCGUACCCAGGCCAGCAUGCGCAAUGAGAGAACCAGAGCUCGUACCGAUCAGUGGCUUGGGGCUUGGGGCCAGUUCUCGAGCCACGUGCACGGCGCCACGGGCAUCGACCUUGAUUCCCAUGACGACGAAGACGAUCACUUGCGUGCAUACCGGCGAUCCCAAGCAGCCCGCGAGAGAGAACGUCGCGAUUGGCAACGCUGGCAGCAACGCCUCAGCAUAGCAAGCAGGCUAGGUGCUCGAGACGUCUUUGCUCGGAACAUUCAAGGUGUGGUUGAGCAACAGGUUGCGCCACCAUCUGGAUCAGGAACCCCAGGAGCACCCGAAACUCGUGAGGAGCGACAGGCGUGGCGGGACUUUGAGAGAGCUCGAGCAUCGACGCCUAGUAGCCGGAAGAGAAAAUCUCGAUCCAUCACUGCGUCCCCGGUGGAGCCUGCACCUGAACCCUCACGGCCACUGAAGCGCCCUCGCACCCGUCGUAUAACCAACCAAGGAGGCGAAGCCGUAUCAUCCAAAGUUGCCUCUACGGCGUCGAAUCAUCAUGUCGACGCCAGGUCUAGAGGAUCGUCGAAUGAUCGCUCUCCUCUUGCGCAGUCUCCGGCUGCACCGGAGGAGGCACCAUCUUUUCUCUCGUCGCUGCUUAAAGAGGUCGAACAGAGCGGCCCCGCGGAUGACGAGACUGUUCGUGGUCUUUUUGGGCUUCCGCCCACUGUUGACCCCUCCUCGCCUGUGGCAUCACCGUCUGCAUCUGCACGAAAUAGUCCACGGGCAUUGUCUUUGACACCACCUCCUGCACCACCUCCUGCAAAUGCGACAGCCCGGUCCGCAUCGAGAUCACCCGUCCUGUCUCUGAGCUCACAUAUCGAGCCCAAGUACCCGCCUGCAAAUUACUCACCAACACGUUCGAACGGAGAGUCUAGCGACUCAGAGAAUCGUCCACUGAAGCGGAACGGAUCGCCCGAGCUGAGACAACCACGUCCUCGACGACAGCUCGAAGUCCGACUGUCUCAAUCCCAAGAGCUGUCGCCCACUCGGAAGACGCUGCCACUUGAGAUCAAAGAAGACAUCAGUCAAGUUGUGCGUGCUGCACUAAAACCGCAUUGGAAGUCCAGCCAGCUUUCCCGCGAUCAGUAUGAGAAGAUCAACCGUGCCGUCUCCCACAAGAUUUACGAAGAAGUUUCCGACCCAUCCACGGUCAACGAGGAAGCAAAACGACAGUGGGAGAAGAUCGCGACGACCGAGGUUGCGCAUGCUGUCGCAGAGUUGAAAUCUUGA